CUGAUUUUCCAAAAUAUUUUGGAUUUUCGAAUGUUUCUCUUUCAUAUCGCAUACCAGUCUAAAUAAUUAAUUCGAUAUAUUGUUUAUUGCAAUAACUUUAUCAAGACAGCGAUAUAAAAGUCUGCUUUUUAAUUUGAUAAUGUUGAAUCCGUUACUCUAAACAAUCUGACCUAGCUAUUAUAAAUGUAAAUAUUUAUUAUCAACAAACCGGGCUGGCAUUGUUUGAAUAACUUUGAUGUUGUUUUGCUGCAAUUAUAAAUUAUUCAUUUUUUGUUCUUAAAAAAAUAAAUCACUAGCAAAUUAAAAAAAGUUAGUCCGCAUCUGUCUUUGUGAAUCACUUCAAAAUAUAAAUGUGUUAAUAAAAGCGAGGUAUUUAUAUAAAACUUGUGCUAGGAUUAUUAUAAGACUUUAUUUAAAAAAAUUAUCAAACGGGUUUUCUAAGUAAAUAUAAUUUUAAACUAGUGACAAAAUACGACAUAAUAUUUUUUAUGUAAUUGUGACUGUUAUCUACAGCAGACCUAUUAAAAAAAAAACAAUCUAAGAUACCCCGUCAUAAAUUCGAAAACGUUGAUAAAUGGGUUCAAAAGUCAUACAACUGAUUUGAUAAAUCAAGUUAUAAGUAUUUUAUGAUUUUUAUAAAUAUAUCGAGGACAAAAUUAACUGGAAAACAGUUAACAUCCUUCUUGAAAAUGACAGAACAUUUAGUGGUUUCUACAGAAAAUGGAAAAAUCAAAGGCAAAGUAGGAAAAGACUAUCAUGGUGGAAAAUUUUAUAGUUUUAGUGGAAUACCGUACGCAAAAGCACCUGUUGGAGAACUCAGGUUCAAGGCUCCAGAACCUGCAGAUCCAUGGGAAGGAGUCAGAGAUGGAACCAAAGAAGGUCCAGAAUGUCCUCAAAUGUUUCUCAGGCCCAAGUUUUAUGUGGGUAAACAAGAUAAUUGUUUAAAUCUGAAUGUGUACACAAAAGAGUUACCGAAAACGGACGAUACGAAGAAGAAACCUGUAAUGGUAUUCAUUCAUGGUGGUGGAUUUAUAUUUGGUUCAAAUAAGAAAAAUUUUUUUGGGCCUCAAUACCUGUUGACAGAGGACAUAGUUCUUGUCAUACCUAAUUAUAGAUUGGGAGUUUUAGGUUUUUUGAGUUUGGAGGAUACAUCUUUAAACGUACCUGGAAAUGCUGGACUUAAGGACCAAGUGAUGGCACUAAAAUGGGUUCAAAAAAAUAUUCACCAUUUUGGAGGAGAUGUUAAUAAUGUUACAAUUUUCGGUCAAAGUGCUGGUAGCGCUUCCGUUCAUUAUUUAACACUCUCAAAACUUACCAAAGGUCUUUUUCACAAAGCCAUCAUGCAAAGUGGCAGCGCUUUCAAUCCUUGGGCAAGAGGAAAAAGAAACGCCGCUGACAUUGCCAAAGUUAUGGGUUAUCAACCAAACAUAGACGAAAAGACAAUUUUGCAAAAACUUCGUCAAGCUAGUACGAAAAGUAUAGUUAAGGCACAAAAUAAAGUCGUAGAUAAUACCUUUACUAGUGUAGUCCGUCCUUUUGGCCCGGUGAUAGAAUACAAACAUGACGAAGCCUUCCUUGAUGAAGAUCCGGUUGAAAUAAUCAAAGCUGGAAAAAACCAACAAAUUCCCGUUAUUAUUGGCUACACAUCUUUGGAGGGAUUGCUAUAUGAAGUGAUAAGAAAAGUGAGGUCUGACGCUAAACUACCUGGUUCAUUGGAGGUUGAUAUUCCCUACGAAUUAAACAUUUCCGAAAAAAGUGAAACUGCUAAAAAGAUUGCUGAAGAAAUGAAACAGUUUUAUUAUAACGACAAAGAUUUAUCGAAGAAGAAUAUAAAUAUUCGUUUUAUGUUGAGCAGCGACAUCUUAUUUUUGCACGGCAUCCAGAGGACUAUUAAUUUACUCAAAAAAUAUAGCACAACACCAGUAUACGCCUACAAAAUGACGGUAUCAAGCCCGUUAAACUUCUUAACAAUGUGCUGUCAAUCUAACUAUUUCCUUACUGUAGGAAUGUAUAAUCUUUUCAUCAGAUGGUCAGGACAAUCCUCUUUAAAACACCUAUUCCAGAAUUUACGGAAGAAACUAUUGGUUAAACAUCUAGAUGGCGUUGCUCAUGGCGACGAUUUAUUCUACCUUAUGAGUACUUCUUUGUCGCCGAAAGUCGCGAUAGGCAGUGAGGAAGAUAUAUACAUACAAAGGUUUGUCAAACUAUGGACGAAUUUCGCUAAGCAUGGCGAUCCUACACCUGAAGCCCUUGAAGUAUUAAACUCCACAAAGUGGAGUCCAGUUGUAGAUGAACCGAUUAGUAGCAUUUUAGAGAUAGGCAAUACCAUUAAGAUGACUGAAUAUACAGAGAAUGAGAGGUUGAAAUUUUGGGAUAAACUAUAUGAAGAUUAUGCAUCCUAGAAUGGUACCUAUGAGAAAACCGUUUCGGGGCUUACAAAAAUGAUGAAUUCAUGCAACUAGAAACAAGCCGAAGUAUUCCAAGAGGAAUACGCAUUACCCG